AUGAAAGCUGCAGCUGCCCCCCUGGUGAUCUUUUUCUUUCAUUUCUGCUCUUCAGUACCUGUGAGCCGUCCAACAAACUGGCUCAGACAAUGCCGUGCCUCUGUCAACCUCUCCAUCACAGCACUGGAGGUGCUGCCAGGUGGAGGCUGGGACAACCUCCGGAACAUGGACAUGGGUCGAGUUAUGAACCUCAGCUACUUCCAGUGCCAAACUACUGAGGACGGGCUCUACCUUAUCCCAGAUGAAGUUUUUGUUAUCCCUCACAAAGAGACAGGUGUGGAGACCAGCUCAGAAAUAAUCAGGUCCUGGCUUGAGCAGAAAAGCUCGACCUCUGAAAGCAUUAAUGCAGACAUAUCCUUCCUCCCAGUUCUCAAUGGUAAAUUUUCUAGUGAGAACAAGAGAAUGAAAACCCAUCAGGUCAGAGACUCUUCAACCACAGCCAGAGUGCAGGUUCGUAACUUCCUCUACACAGUUAAGGCUUAUCCAGACUUCACUCUGGACACACGAUUUGUUCAGCAAGUCAGAGACAUCGCUGAUGCAAUUGAAAACAACCAGACGAGAAGUGCAGACUAUCUCUCGGAGAUGAUGGUGCUGGACUAUGGGACUCAUGUCAUCACUAGUGUGGAUGCUGGGGCGGCUUUGGUGCAGGAGGACUAUCUCCGUUCCUCUUAUGUGUCAGACAGCGAGUCAGAAAGUUCUUCUGUUAAAGCACAGGCUGGAUUAAACUUCUUUGAUAAGCUGAAGUUUGACAUUAGCAGUCAAAGUGCCCAACAGAGCUCAUCAAUUCAAACAUAUCAGUCCAACAUUACAUACUCUCUCAUUCAAAGCCACGGAGGUGCACCCUUUUAUCCUGGCAUCACUCUGCAGAAGUGGCAGGAAAGUACCAGAAACAACCUCGUUGCCAUCGAUCGCUCAGGAUUUCCUCUGCACUAUUUUAUAAACACCAACACUCUCAGUGAUCUGCCACAUCCUACGAUUAGAAAAGUUGCUCUUAAAGUCAGUCAGGCUGUAGAGCGCUACUACAAGAUCAAUACUCGCCCUGGAUGUGUUGAUGUCAACUCCAAGAACUUCAACUUCCAGGCUAACAAGGAUGAUAAUUCCUGUGAAGGUCCCGCUACAAAUCUUAGUUUUGGUGGUGUCUACCAAGAGUGUGUUAAAAUCAGCUCAGAUGCAGAUCCACUAUGUGAUGCCCUGGCACAGAAAAACCCAGAUACAGGUGCCUUCUCCUGUCGUCCACCUUAUUUACCAACUUUACUCAGAUCAGAGGUGAGACAACAAAGCUACCCCAAGUAUGAAUGUUACGAGGAAAGUUAUUCCUGUGGUUUCUUGUGGUUGUCAACCUGUUACAACAAACGGUGUCAGGAUGUAAACUAUGUUCGUUCUGCUCGCAUCAACACCUACUGGUGCUCUAUAAAUGGACAAGCUCCAGAAAACUCAGGAUAUCUGUUUGGAGGUAUAUACAGUCGCUCGCUCCUGAACCCCCUCACGAAAAGCAAAAGCUGUCCCCCAAAUUUCAUUCCAGUAAAUUUUUUCUCAGAUGGUGAGGUGAUCUGUAUGAGUAAUGACUAUGAGACAGGUACCAGAUUCUCAGUACCAUUCGGAGGUCUCUUCAGCUGUCAGUCAACCAACCCACUGGCAAGUAAUCAACGCAGGUGCCCUCCCAAGUUCAGUCAGCACCUUGCUGCAAUCAGUGAUGGCUGUGAAAUCCUCUACUGUGUUCAGUCUGGACUGUUCACAGGUGGAGAGCUAAAACCCAUCCGUCUGCCUCCGUUCACCAAACCUCCACUUAUCAGCAUGCAAGCCACCAACACAGUAAUGGUGAUGACUGAAGGAGAAAACAGCUGGGUGAGAGUGGGCCAGACCAAGAAGUGGAAACUUGCCAAACCAGAAGAAAUCAAGGAAAUUGUUCAAGGCCUUAAUCCUGAAGUCAAUCAAAUGUCUAAUGGAAAAAAGGCAGGUGUAGCUUUUGGGGUGAUGGGUAUAAUGCUGAUUGUGGUCAUAGUGGCAGUGGUCCUAUUCAAGAGGAGGAGGAGGAUGUCAGGGUUCAGAUCUAGAGGUUAUGAGGAAAUACGUGUUGAAGUAGAGAGGGAUUCACAACAAGAUGAGGCCUGAGAACAGAAUGUAGCUUAGAGAAUGGCCAACAAGAUACACACAUUAAACUGGUGCAAGGGAAUCUGACAU